CGAAAGCUUCAGCAGGAAAUUGACCGGGUGUUCAAACGCGUGAACGAGGGCUUGGCUACAUUCACGGCAAUCUAUGACAAAUUCACAUACAGCGAGAUCCCAGCGCAACGGGAGAAGUUAGAAAGCGACCUCAAGCGUGAGAUCAAAAAGUUGCAGCGGUUCCGCGACCAGAUUAAGACCUGGCUCAGCGGAAACGAGGUCAAAGACAAGAAGCCGUUGAUUGAGCACCGCAAGUUAAUCGAGUACGAGAUGGAACGGUUCAAGGAGGUGGAGAAAGGCAUGAAGAUCAAGUCGUUUAGCAACGAGGGGUUGAGCAUGGACCUUGACCCACGUCAGAAGUUGAAGCACGAUGCGUGUACAUUUGUACAGGACUCGUUGGAGGAGUUGGAGAAGCAGGCGGACACGUUGGAGGGCCAAGUGGAUCAACUCCAGGCCGCGGUGAAAAAGACGCGCCGCGACGCCGCAAAGCAGGAACAGAUCGCGGCUAUUGACGAGAUCUUGCAACGUAACCACUGGCAUCAGGGCCGCUUGGAGCAGGUGUUGAAAAUGUUGGAGAACUCGCAGUUAGAGCCGGAGCAGAUCUCGGAGAUCCAGGAUGACAUCCAGUACUUUGUGGAGUCCAACCAGGACCCAGAUUUUGCGGAUGAUGAGGGGAUCUAUGACGAGCUUAACCUCAGGGAGAUUGAGGAGGUGGGCCCUGAGGUGGUGGAAGCUCCAAAGGACGCUCCACCCGGGCUCGCUCCAUACGCCCAAAAGAGCUUGCGCAGCAAUACAGCGACUCCCCGAGUUUCCACGGUACUUCCGUCGCGUGCUUCUACGCCCGCACCCCCUGGCUUGAGCAGACAACCCACGCUCAUGGGCACACCUCUCACCGGCCCCGUCGACCCCCAGCCGGCGCCGGGAGUCCCAGUAGAUGUCUCCACGUCCUUGAGUAAUCUCUUGCCAGCGCUCACCGCGGCCACUAAGCGCUUGACGCGCCCCCAGACCAUGGACGAGAUUAAGCCCGUUUUGGAAAACUCCUUGUUGAACUGCCCCGACUCCUUCGACAGCGAGAAGCCGCGCCUCUACAAACCGAGCAAGCCGCACCCGACACCCACCAACUAUCCCCAAGAGCCGUUGGUGGACCUCUUAAGCGGCAGCCAGCAUGCUAUCUUCCGCAAGAUCGACGAGAGCACCCUCUUCUACUUGUUCUACUACAAUGCGGGCGAAUACUUGCAGUACAUUGCCGCCAAGGAGUUGAUGACGCGUGGCUGGUUGUUCCAUCGCGAGUUAAAGACGUGGUUUUUGAAAGAC